GUCGAAUCAGUGAACUAGGAGUCGACUCAGUGUGAGAAGCGGGUAGGGGGGUGGUCAUAAGGUGAGAAGAGCGGCGUGUGAUAUAAAGAAGGGACAAUUCAACCAGCAUCACAUCCCAAAUUUAUUUUCGGUCCAGUUCUGCAAGCCCAACUCUGCUGGGAAGCAUGGAGAGGAAAAGGUGGGAGUGCUCGGCUCUCCCAAAUGGUUGGAAAAGGGAAGAAGUGACCAGAAAGUCGGGCUUGUCCGCGGGGAAAAGCGAUGUCUAUUAUUUUAGUCCCACAGGAAAGAAGUUUCGGAGUAAGCCCCAACUGGCCCGUUAUCUCGGCAACUCCAUGGACCUGAGCUCCUUCGACUUCCGUACUGGCAAAAUGAUCAUGAGUAAACUGAACAAGAGCAGACAACGCCUACGCUACGAGCACAGCAGUCAGAACAAGGGUAAGCCUGAUUUAAACACCUCUCUACCGGUGCGACAGACCGCGUCCAUCUUCAAGCAACCUGUUACAAAAGUCACAAACCAUCCGAACAACAAAGUGAAGACAGACCCGCAAAAAGCUGUUGAUCAGCCAAGACAGCUCUUCUGGGAGAAGAAGCUAAGUGGACUGAAUGUGUAUGACAUAGCUGAGGAGUUGAUGAAGACUAUGGAUCUUCCCAAAGGUCUUCAAGUGUCCUCCACUGUAGGGGUCGGCCCAGGCUACUCAGAUAAAACGCUGUUGUCUGCCAUCGCCAGCGCCUUGCACACCAGCAGCGCCCCCAUCACAGGCCAGCUCUCUGCUGCUGUGGAGAAAAACCCCGGAGUCUGGCUCAACAGCACGCAGCCCCUCUGCAAGGCUUUUAUGGUGACCGAUGAGGACAUCAGGAAGCAGGAGGACCUGGUGUACAACGUGAGGAAGAGGCUGGAGGACGCUCUCAUGGCUGACAUGCUGGCUCAAGUAGAAGAGACCGCCAGCGACACAAAGUCGGUGAAGGAGGAGACCAAUGGCAGUGAUGAAAUGGAGACACUAUAGCCACGAUUGCAGUAAUGUUCUCCUGCGCUGACCUACAGGAUAUUAACCAGGACAUAAAAGCUCAUGCUGUCUCUUGAUGGAAAAGUAACACUUCCUACUUUUUGCAGUGACCCUCCAAUGAUGAACUGUGAAACUUUCUUUCUCACAGGCAGUUUCUAGGAACUUUUCACCUUUUGUAAUUUUAUUUAAAAAAAAAAAGGUUUUGGUUUGUUUUAAAUCUGUCCAAGUUGAUGUCUUGCCAUACUCCAACUACAUGUUCUCACAAGCACAGAGUAUGCGUUAAGUGCUAUCUGCAACGCGUCACGUGACCUCAUGAUGAGAGCUUUUUGGUUAGACUAUGCUAGAUAGGAAGUUUAUGCAACCCUGGGUUCUUGUCAAGUGAAUUGUCAACCUUGUGAUACGAUUAUACUCAUCAAGGGGGUUAUGAACUCAAUAACGGUUAGGACGAAACGUAAAAUAUAGGCGUACAGAUAGAACCACUCCCUGUCAAUUAACUCUGAAAUUGGUUGACAUCCCUGGAACUAAUCUUUUCAUUAUUGGUGCUUUUCUUUUCCGUUCUGCAGGUCAUUACUACGUUGUGUGUCGUUCUUCUUGUCAGUGAGUUUUAACGGCUUACAGUUAUACAGUUAAUAUACAGUAACUACAGUAAUAUAAGAAAUGGUGGCUCUAAAUUUUUUAAACACUUAGUGUUAAACAUAUUCCCCUUAAAGUGCCAGACAGUGACGUGUUAAAACUCUAAAAUUAUUCAUGCGCAAAGGGCUUCAGGUGACUCCAGAUCAAGACUGUUAAUAAGGUAGUUCUUGUCCACAUUGCACUUAUAAUAACUACCAGGAAGAUAUUUCAUUUCGAAGAUCAUUUUUAGUGUACAGUCCUCUCUGCUUUUAUGAUUAUAACCAAAAAUGGUUCUGAACACCGUUUAAAAGGCAUUGCUUUCCAACACAUGACAUUUCUUCUCAAUUAUCAGGCUUUCUAUUUUGUAAAAUUGGGGCUAAAUGUCCAACAGGUUGUUGGUGGACAUUUUAUUAUUGCUGUGUAAAGAAAGUGUGUAUACUAAAACCAACCUGUUAUUUGGUGCUGCUUAUUCAAUAGGUCAUUUGUUUUCCACAAAUAUAGUGCUUUUUUUUUUUCUUUUUUUUUUGGGAACCACAAAUUAAGUUUGUACAAAAAGCUAUGACUAGCAUUGCCAAAAGCUCAGGGCAGAUGUGGUGAGUCCGUUUAGAAUUACGGACGUUUAGUCAUCAUUAGACAAACAGAAAAUGAAAUGUUACUAUGCUAAAUAGAAUGCUGCUUAGCCACAAAAGGCAAGAGAGACGAAAGGUUGAAAAUGGGUACUGCUUCGUUGACCAACUGUUAUGAAAUCCAAUUCAUGAAUGAUGAUUAAUUCCCCUCGUCCAUGUCGAUGUCACAGUUUUCAGCUGGAAAUCUGAUUAAGGAAGGACUGUUUUGUUGACUUUUUAUCAGUGGCCCAUAUUCACGUUUUAUAUGUACACUUUUUUUUGUGUGUGUGUGUUUGUUUUUUUUUUUUUUUUUUUUUUUUUUUUUUGGAAUACAAUUAUUUUACAUAUAAGCUGUUUGAUGCUGUCAAAGCUAAAUUAAAUUAGAUUUUGUAUUUUAUAAAGCUAGUUAUUUUGUCUGAUUGGGGUUUCACUUUUAAUAAAUGAAACUUUAUGCAGUCUUGGGUGCUUAAAAUGAUUUGUUUGAAAUGGGCUUAAUUUUGUACAUUUUGAGUAAUAAAAUGAAUCUUUUGAUCAAAUUAACUGUGGUUUGUGAUUGGUUUCAGGUAGAAAUGUCGUUAAUAUUGAAAUCUAGAAAUGUAAAAGAAAGAUGGAAGAUGAAAUAAUGUGCAAAAAUAUUGGAGUGAAGGUGUUAUGGUCUUGUCUCUAAAAAUUGCACUUGGAGAGGAAUGUAUUGAGAUCCAAGCUACAAUGAUGUGUGGCCUGUAAUUUUCUCAGUACUUCUGUUUAUUCUCUAAAUGGUCUGCACUUACAGCGGUUUUAUCCAAAGCACUUUACACUGUGUCUCAUUCACCCAUUCACACACACACCAGUGGUAGCAGAGCUGCCAUGCAAGGUGCUAACUUGCCAUCGGGAGCAACUUGGGGUUCAGUGUCUUGCCCAAGAACACUUGGGUAUGUGGAGUCGUGGGCCGGGAAUCGAACCGCUAAUGUUACGAUUAGUGGACAACCCGCUCAACCACCUGAGCCACAGCCGCUUAGAGAAUUGAUCUUGUUAGAGUUUCAAAAUUGUGUCCCAGAAUAUUGCCCAACUGUUCUCUUAUGAGAAUAGAAUAAAAUUGUACAAGUACAAUGAAAUAUUUGGCCAUAUUUUGUCUGAAAUAUCAGUUGAAAUUCCAGUUGCUCAAUUUAACAACUGUAAUGUCAGUUACUCGAUAUACAACCCCAAUUCCAAAAAAGUUGGGAUGGUGUGUGAAAUGUAAAUAACAGAAUGCAAUGAUUUGCAAAUCUCAUCAACCCAUAUGUUAUUCACAAUUUUUUUUUUUUUUUUUUUUUACCAUUUUAAUAUUUAUUUAUUUAUUUAUUUGAUGGUUGCAACACGUCUCAAAAAAGUUGAGACAGGGGCAACAAAAGGCUGGAAAAGUAAGUGUUACUAAAAAGAAACAGCUGGAGGAAUAUUUUGCAACUAAUUAGGUUAAUUGGCAACAGGUCAGUAACAUGAUUGGGUAUAAAAUGAGUAUCUUUUAUACCCAAGUAUCUUAGAGAGAUCUUUACUUCUUUCAGAAGUAAAGAUGGGAUGGAAUCUGGAUGGAAGCAUAUGUUGCUCUAAAACCUGUAUAUACUUUUCAGCAUUGAUGGGGUCUUUCCAGAUGUGUAAGCUGGCCAUUCCAUAGGCACUAAUGCACCACCAUACCAUUAGAGA